ACUAAGACUGAGAAUCUUGGGAAAGAUUGAUUUCUUUAAACAAACGAUUGAGCCCAUUUGUGGCUACAAAAUGAGAGUAAGACACAGGCUUGUGGUGAACCUGUUAGUCUUUUUUUUCCUGAAGGGAUUCCUGUUGGCUUCAGCAGAUGACAAACAACCUGUACCUUCCUUGUCGUCUGUGAACAAUAAAUUGCAAGGAAGAGAUUUAUCCCCUGCCCUAAAGAAAAAUGAGAAACCAAAGCAAGGACGUGGAAUCUAUCCUUAUCCAGGAGGAAAUACCCACGAUAAAAGAGGAUCAACAAACAGGUGGCUCGCUUUUGAACAGAAAGCGAAAAAGCUCUCAGAGGUUGCUGUUGCGAGUAUUUUGGUUGAGAAGAACACAACACAUCGAAAGGAAAACAAUAAACAAGACAAUGAGCAUUCCAGGAACGCGUCAAGUACUGCCACAUCUCCUCAAACAACGCAGACUGCUGAUUAUGGAAUUUUGGGAACUUCUGAUGACGAGGAUAGCGCUAAGUGGGCACAAGAUGAGAUGAAAAAAGCAGCGGAAAACAAAGCGAAUAGCCAUGAUAAGGAUAUCAAACAAAAUAUUUCAACUGUGGCCAGCACAUUAAGAGUAAUCCCAUCUAAAAAUCAGUCACACUAUAUCAACAGUCCCGUUAAGAUUAUACUUACCAACUCAGGGGGAAACAUGCCAAAUGCCUUGACCCAGACGAAAAGCUUGAAUAAAAGUAACAAGAAUGAAAUUAAUGAAAAUCUUAUCAAAAAUUUAAAACCAGAUCAAGGGGAUGCUGAGCUAAUUUUCUCGAAUUCUACAAAUUUGGAGAAGACAGGUAAAGACAUCGUUGGGGGUUAUGGUACAAAGUCACCGCUUACGGCAACUCCCGAGAGAAUGUUGCAAAACAAGACGCCAAGUAGUUCCACACCGCAGUCAUCUACAGCACAAAAUAUUACAACUAGCACACAUAAUGACACAAACACAAACAAAACAGUGCAACAAACGGUUUCUGGGGCGAUUCAGACUAAGGCGCCAGAAAAUACGAUGAAUCAUUUAAUUGGAGCUCAAAGAGGUAAAGCAUAUACACAAAACGUCUCGGUUUCAGAUACAGUAUUACAUCUCUCGGAACUCGGAUCUAGGAAAAAUAACACCUCAGGCAAUACGACAUUAUUGGAGGAGCAAAAUAGUCUUAGUGGCGCGGAGUCUGCUGAUUCAUCGCAAAAAUCAAAUCAGUCACAAAACAAUGAAAAGCCUGCAACGUAUCCAAAAGCACCUUCACUUGAAGUGAACAUCUUGAGUUUAAGAAAAGGUCAAUCCUUCGACUUUCAGAUUCCCAGCACGAUUCCAUUAAAGAGCUCUGACCAGAGUAACCAUAUCCACAUUGAGCCGAAUGAUACAUUGAAGUCGUCUGAAUACUUACCAAAGGACGUAAAAAGUAACCCAAGCAACAGUGACUUUUUAAACGAAACUCUUGAUAAGGUCUUGCUGGAAGAGAUAGUAAAAACAGGGAAAUCUAACAAGCUUCUGCAAAAGUUCAAUUCGGAUUUACUAGCUUCCAGGGCGGAACCACUAUCUAACAAUGUAAACUUGGAGGUCACUGAUCAACCGUUUCGAGAGGAAUCAUCAGCUGAUCGAACUUUCUCGGAAAAUAUCUUGGAACCGUACUCAAACGAAGCUGGGUUAACCCGUAGACUCAACACAUUACAGGGGCGGCAAGAAAAGACGGAAGUUCAGCAAGACGAAAGUUUAGCAAAAGCUUUGAAUUCGUCCUCAGUUUCUUCGAUCAUAUUUGGCGCAAACCGGGCUCUAUUUGAUACUGACAGAGAAGUUUUCUCAAAGAAGAGCUCCCAGGCGAGAUUAAAUGGAGCAAUAAGAGAUAAGGACCACAGACACAAGCGGAGUGAUGUUUUGCACCGUUUGACCAAGCUUCAACGUAUAAACAGAUUGGCUUCAAAUACAGAAUAUCCAAAGAGGAAGCACGCAUCGAGAGGAUAUAAAAAGCAAAGAGUUGUAUCUGCACGGCAGGUUAUCAAUCUUGGCAACCACUUUCUAUGGUUUGGUGGUCAGAGCUCAGCUGAUGCAAACGGAUUUCCCCGCCACAACACAGCAACAGAAAAUAAUGCAUACAGUGCCAAUGGUUAUAUUUCAAACUUUCUUAAUACAGCCAAAGAAAAUAAGACACCAAGUGCAACCAAAGGCUUUAAGGCCUUGCAGAGUGCUCUGACAUCUAUGGUGUCCAAUCAAGUUGGUCUAACGGACUCUUACACUUUGGACCCAAUGUAUACAGAGCCUAUUGAAAAACAGUGGCAAGCUUCAGAUGGUGAAAACGCUACAGCGACUGGAGUUAUUCAGAAUGGUACUGAAAAAGCAGUAUAUAAUAGUAUGGUCAAUAAUGUGAAAUCGAAUGAAACAAAAACACAAAUAAGCUCAAACUCAAUAACGAGCUUACAAAGUAACUACGAGCUCAUUGAUCACGGGACCCCGUAUAAAGAGAAUAAAACUGAUCGUGAGCAAACAAAAAGCGAAUUCGUACAAAAUAUGAUAGGAAAUGGUACGUCUGCAAUAAAUAACUCGUCCAUUCCGAUCACUAGCGAUGAAAAAAGUGCAAAUGGAGAAAAUGCAACCAUCCUUCAAAUUUCAGCAGAUUCCACAGGUCAUUUGUACGAAAAAAAUUCCUCUGCACUUAGUGGAGGUAUCCAACUUUUAGAGCAAAGCAUGAGUGCUGUCCAGUCUGAGAUAAAGGAUUCCCAUAGAUCACCGAAUGUGACAGUUGAUUCAGAAAAAGAAAUUAAACAACAGCCAUCUGCUAUAAUUAAGAAGAUAAGUACUAACUCUCAGGAACCGGAGACAUAUCAUGUUUUAGUAAAUGAUGCAGGUAAAAAGAUCACAAACGCAAAUGGUCAUGUCACGGUCAUCAUUUCAGGCCCAACUGCAACUCAAGCUUCUAUGCCUAAUGAAAACACUUUGCUCAUACCACAGACUAGCCCAUCUCAGUUUUUACCAGAAAAUGAUUUCCUAUCUACCAACGAUCAUAGAAAUGUCAACAUUAGUCAUUCCGCCACUCAAGCCGUGAAUAAAACAUCAGUCAAUGAAAACAAAGGGAAUGGAGCACUUGGCAACAAACAGAUAGCACCCCUGUCACUUCUUCAAGAAGACAUUGAGCCUGCCUUAAAAAUAUCUGAAGAGAUAGAAAGGCAUCAAAAAAAAGCCCCAGCUGAUAGUUCACUAAGUACAUCUCGGAAAGAAGAGCACAAGCUUCCUAAACAGAACACUGAUGCUCAUGUCUUAAUGAAUGAAAAAGAUGAUUUUACCUCCGAUAGCCGAGAGGAAUCCACGCAUAAUGGUCAUCAUUUUGUUAAGGUUGGACAGGACCUAACAAGUGAUAUUGGUGACCUUCAAAUGGAAGAGGUUUCCCGUCCUGACCUGCAGGAAGCACAACGAAAGGUUCAAGAGAAGCUUGCGGAAGAUGCUACCGGUGGAUUUCUAUUAGGAGGGGAUCAAUUGGUGGCAGAGCAAGCUCAAGACGUUCCUACCUUGAAUAUCGUAUUAAAUCCAAUGCAACGAAUUGACGGAUCUCUUUCAGUCGGUGGAAAGGUAAUACCAAUUGGCUCAGCCAAAGAGGGAUACUCAAAGCAAUUUUCAUUUGCAAAUGAACAAGGAAAACAAAAGCUAGAUUGUCAUGCUGAUACUAUAAAUGAGAAAGCGGGAACAACGAUGUUGACAUGUCAAAAAAAGCAUGGUCUUGCAAAUAUUCUUUCAGCCUUUCAAGGUGAUGGUUAUUCCGAAAACUUGAAAGCAGCGAAUGGCCCCAGUUUGCAGCUGGACCAGGUGAUGAAUGUUUUGAACGAUCAAGUUAAAACAACUAUUAACAAGGAAAUGAAAACAGAAAGCAAAGAUAUUGAGGAUGUGCUGAAAGAUAUGACAAUGCCAAGCAGUACUCUGAUGGACACUGAAGAAGCUUAUUCUCAAGAGGAGCCUCCUGAACAUUCAUCCUUAAUGGACACAGAUGAUACGUUUACCUCUCAACCAGGUUUUGUGAGACAAAAUGCUUGGAAAAAUGAUCAUCAUUACCAUCGAAAGAUACAACCAUUCGGAUUCUUUCAUGGGUUUGGUUUAUCUCAUUAUCCUAGAUUUCACCGUCAUUUUGGGAUUCCCAACAGGCGCCACUUCUGGGGAUAUAGCCGCCAUUCGCAUCCUCUUGUGGUUAUGGCUCAAAAAGACAGCGAUGAAGGAUUCUGGGAUUACCAGCACAAUAUCUUCAUUCCACGUGGCCACGACGAUGAAUAUGACGAUGACGAUGAUGAAGGAUCAGAGGAAACCAAAGCAAAACAUUGGGUCCCAUGGUCUCGACAUGGCCACAGGAAAGGAACCUGGCUAAUGGCUCACCCACCCGUUCAUCCUCGUCACCGCCCUUUCUUACCGUUUGGAGUGCCCUCCAGGGAGCAAAAUUUGGCUCACUUUCGCUUGCCAACUCUUUUCAGUCGAUCAGGUCCUUGGCGGCCUUUACAUUCGCGUAUGACAGUUCCUCAAUCCCAAAAGGAAGAGAAAGGUGCGAAAAGAACAGCUGUGGUGCACAAGGCAAUAAGAGGGGAUAGAGACUUGUGCAGACCAGUCAUCGGGGGGCCUUCGCCACCGCUGAAAGGAGAAUGGGAGUACUUAGGAAAGGUCCUUUCUAGUUGUCCUUGCAAGUUGAUGGACACUGAGUGGUGAAAGUAUAUUCUAAAUUAAGUUUUGCUUCAAUGUCCAGGGCGAAGCAUAGAACAAUACUCCCAUUCGGAUUCCUUUCAUGUUUACCAAUGGUAUCAGAUGAUUUUUCCAUUAAGCCAUUUUUUCUUAGGCACCUUUUGAGGGCUCUUAACUCCAUUUCAGGGUUAAAGGUUACCUGACACUUCAUUUUUGUCACACUGUUUUUAGCAUAGUGUUAUAACUAAAACGACGAAGCUGUCAUCAACAGGAAACAAAUGUUUACGAAUUCUUUACCAUGAUGUUGGAUACCCUUACCGCCAAAACUAUUAAAGAACACUAGGUUGCUUAGAUGCGUAAUCAAACUUACGAUGAAAUGUGCGAACAUGAUUGGUUAUCCGGCCUGCUCGUUUGAGCGCUAAUAGGACUCUGUACGCGUCAUACUUGUAAUUGAACUGGGUUAUCGGACUGUGCGCGCGUCUGCCUGUGUAAUUGUACAGAACGCGUCAUUUGCGGGCACUGAAACUGCAAAUUUCGCCGAGUAAACUCCAGUGCUAUUUUCUCCAAGUCGUUAACCAAAGGAUGGUUUGCUUCUCAACAUAUUUCACAAUUUGAUUAAUUUUUAACAGGACUUUGUGUCCUAUAGUUCGGUCUACAAUCAUAUUCGUAAUCAACAAAUCGGACUCCCACUUCGCGGUCGUCCCAUUUUACUGAUCACUCGUAUAAUUACUGGACUCACUCAGACCUUUUAGAACAAUAAUUACAUAUUGAGUCUAUUAUAUCGUAUAUUAAUAUCGAAUAUUGCUGCAGAGAGAUCAUGGUGCAUUUAAGGUUCA